AUGAAUAAUAACAAUAACAACAAGCACACCAACCGCAACAGCAGUAACAAUGGCAACAAUAACGAGAAUUACAACAACAUCAGAAACAACUCCAGUGGUCUGGUAGGAAGCAAUUUGAAUGUCCCCCCCGGUAUGGGCGGGAUGAGCAACCUCAACGGGAUGGGCCAGCCAGGGAACCAGCUGCAUGGCAAUAUGAGCAAGAUGCACGGGAAUUUAAAGAACAUAUCCAGUAACCUCAACAGUUUGGCAAGUAAUAUGAAGCACAGCAUGUCUGGCUAUGCGAAUGGCAUGCCAGGCGGUAUGAGUAAUAUUCCCGUUGGAGUGAACAACAUGUGCAGCGGUAUGAGCAAUAUUCCUAGUGGAAUGAACACACUACCUGGGGGGCAUGGCAACAUUAGUAUGAUUAGAAGCAGUGCGAAUGCCCCAAUGGGUAACAUGAACUCCAAAAUGAACAUCAGCAACAGUAGCGUGAAUAUGCAAACGGACAUGAAUUUGAAAAACAGAAUCCAAAUGGGUAGCUCGGACAUUCCAAAUGCCAGCAGAAAUAUGAACAACCUUUUCAGCAAAAGCAGCAACAACAACAACAGCAUUAGUAACAACAAUAGUAAUAAUAAUAAUAACCUGAGGGAAAAUAUAGUGAAGAAUUUAAACUAUAAUUACAACAAUGUGAAUUAUAACAGCAUGAUGAAAAGCAACAUAGAAAUGAAUAAUAAAUUGUUCAAUGGGGACAGUGUAGGAAAACCUCCGCAAGAUAGCAAUAACGCAAAUAAGAAUGCGGAGAAUUUUGCUAAUAGAUUUAACAGUAACAAAAUGGUUGUGCAAACCAGUGUGAAUAACAAGCUCUAUCGCAAUUCUGAUGGAACUAGCAUGAACAGAUUUUAUGUCAAUGAUAUGAAAAAUGUGGAGAGCAAUAUGAUCCAAUUAAACAACAAAAUGAACAAUGUAAAAGACAGUCAAAGUGGCGCCAUAUCCCAAUAUAGGGAAAAAGAAUAUCUAGAAAAUAUUUAUAAAAAUAGGGAUAAGUAUAUGUUAGGUAAGAGCGAAAAGGAUAAUUUGUACAUCUCGCCUAAGCAGUUGAGUAGCUUGAACUCUGCGAACACCCCCAGUGGGAAUACUGUCUCCAGUGGCACAAUGAGCGGCGUUACCGGCAUGAGCAGUGCCUCCCCCCAUGAGAGAAAUUUGAAAAGUUUAGACGGCCCCCCAAUGUACAACCCCAUGAAUAUAACCCCGAUGGGCGCCAAAACAAAUAUGAAUAAAGUAUUCACCUUUAACCAAAAUGAUAAAGGCAACUUUCACGCGGAAGCCUUGGCCAACGCGAAGCUGAACAAUCAGGCCAAGGACGCAAACUACAGUCACAUGAAUAAAGCAGUUAAUAUGUUGUUUAAGGAGCAGACGAAUUAUGGUCCUUAUGGCUGGCAACCCGACGGCAACCCCCCCGGCAGUGCAAAACCCUUUUUCACUGCACCGAACGCCCUAUUAGACGCCAGGACGUAUAACAAAAAUGUGCAAAUUCUGAAGGAACAGAAAAACGGGAACGAAGACAAACAAGUAAGGUACAACAAUUUAAUCGAGGGAAAUAACCCCAACAGUGGCCCCAACCCCGAAAAUGCUACCAUGGCUCCAUCGCCGUUUGGAAGGAUUAGCAUGAACAAUCAAAAGAUGAACUUGAAAACUGGAGACUUUUCCAAUAGCCCCAUUCCAGGUGGAGUCAUACCAAGUAGUAACCAUCACGCGAAUGUCCCCACCCACAUUGACAAUGCUGAUGCAUACAAAUUUUACGUGAAUAAGGAAAACCUAAAUGCAAAGGAAGGUCCGCAUUUUGCAAACCCAGUGAAUAUUCUAAAAGAUAACAAGGGCAAGAGUACUUCGGUAAAGAAGUACACCAAUCAGAGCAAAAUUAUGAAGCAAACAGAUCAAGCAGAAAAUUCAACCCCCUCAGUGUGUAAAAUGGAUGCAGAUUUAGUUAACAAAAAAGGAAAUGAUAAUGAUGGUACCGUUACAGGGGCUACUAUAAAUAUGAAUAAUAGUAGAGCUUAUGAAGAAAUGAAAAUGGAUAACAAUGGUGUUCCUUUUGAUAAGACAGGAAAUAAUUCCACCCAUUUUAACGGGGACCCAUCGAAGGAAAAUAAUAUCCACACGAUCGAUCUGACUAAAGGUGCGGGGGGAUCCAUCAUCAGCAGUAGCUCUCCCUAUAGUACUGGCGUGUACAACAUUAGUAGCAGCAAAAAUGCCAUAAAUGGAAACGAAACAGAUAUGCUAGGGUCAUACAACCAGAAUGCACAGACGGAACAAAAAGUGGAUAGUGAAAAUUUAAAAAAAAACGAACAAGUUGAGGAGAAAAAAAGGAAAAAGAAAAGAGAGAAAAAGGAAGAUAAGGGAAAGGAUAAAAAUAUCGAAAUGGCUAAAAAUGAAAAGGGAGGAUUAUUCCCCUUUGAGCAAAAUUCCAAGGGCAAAAAGAAAAAUCUUGAUUAUAAUAAUAAUCUGUACAACAUAACCGAAAGCAGCGAACAAGGCGUUCUUAAUAGCACAACGCAGAGCAUGCUGCAGACGACGGAUGGGUGCAUGAGCAGCAGAGGGUUGAAUGUAACACCCGGUACAGACAUGAUUAGGAACAUGCACUUGGACAUGCAAAUGGGUGCCCCCAUGAAUGGAUCAUUAAACGCAUCGAUGAAGGAAUCGAUGAACGAAUCGAUGAGCGCAUCGCUGAACGCAUCACUGAAUGCAACUCCGAAUGAGUCCCUCAACACGUCCAUGAACUUUCCAUCAAACGUGAACGACCAAAAAAAUCUGCAGAACAAGAAUAAUUUUUUUCUUGCAAAUUACGACCCGAAUAAAAAUGCAGCAAACGUAUUCGUGGACAAGGACAAAAGUAUGCCAAAUCGAAUGGACUUACUAAAUGAAGACGAUUUGGGGUCAUCGAAAAUGAAGAAAAAUUUAAGUGACCUCUACGGUGGAGAGAUAACACCCCUUACGCCUGAGCAAAUGGAAAGCGACAGAAAAUUGAUAGCCCUGACCCAACUUUUUGGGGACGUAAUUGACGAAAAUGACAACAUGGCAAGUAGCAAAAUAAGUGACGGAGUGAUGGAAAAUAAGCCGCCGUAUUCACCAACACCCUCCCCGUUUAAGAAUAAUGCCCCGCCUAAUCUGGAAUUAUUGAAAAAUAUGUCCCUGGACACUUUGUUAAAUAAUUUAAAUAUAGAUAAGGACGUCCUGGAAAUACUGAAGGAAAAAAUAAAUAAUAUUAACAGAAAUAUUAAUGUGACUAUACGAUCUGGGGUUCACCAUGAAGGGAUAACAGAGCCAAAAGGGGAGAGAGAAAACUUCGAUUUAGCAAAGUUGUUAACACUCUUUGAUGAUUUUAUAAAUUGGUAUGAAAAUAAUUUAAUUCAAAUAAAACUCCAACUACAGAAUGUGUCCUUCUGCUUGUUGCUGGAAAUUUUUAUACUCAUAUUAACAAACAGUUCUGGACACAUUUCCGAUUUUAAGAAGAAAUAUUUAAACAAAUUUUCUGCCUACGAACCGGUGACAAAGUUUUUGUCCACCUGUGUUAACUUGAGCCAGAUGUUUGAAAUAUCGCUUGUUCGCUUUAAGGAGAAGAAUGCCAAGCACGUUGUUCACAUGACCAAGCUGGGAAAGAAGUCCCUGUGGCAAUACCUAACCGUGUACGGAGGCAUUUCGCUGUACAACUUAAUUACGACAAAAAUUAAAAUAGUAGAAGUAGAAGACCAGGAGAGAAAUUUUAACUUUUUCAAUUCGUUCAUUUCGGCCAACUUUCUCUACAACGCAAAGCUGGAUUUUCCCGUUAUGUGGUCCCUGCCGUCUAUUUAUUUGACGAAGGAGGAAAUUGUGGAGGACGAGAGCAACAAACCGGGAUGUGAAAAGGAGGAAAAUCACUACGUGCCCAACGAAAACUGUGACGCGUUUUAUUACUACAAACAUAUAUUGAAAGUGCAAAAAAAGAACAGACUAAGGGUGACGAAAAACAGAAUGCCCAGUAUGCUGUAUUACUGCCUGAACAAUUGUAAUGACAUGACAUGUGCGGAAAUUUCUGGCCUGGAUGGAUCCUUUGUCGCCACGGCGCAUUCAAAUAACGUAAUCAAAUUGUGGAACAUCAAACAGGCACAAAUGAAUAAAAUUAAGGAAAAAAAAAAAGACAUGGAAAAGAUUAGUAAUGUUAACAUAAACGAUACCAUGACAAGGAGACAUGAUUAUUUAGACGAACACAACGCCACAUCCAUAGACUUAAAUUAUGAUGACGAAAAUGAUGGAAUUUGCACUUUAUAUGGAAACGUCUUCAAUGUUACGAGUUUAUGUUUUGGUGAAUCGAAUAAAAUAUUACUGUCAGGAAAUGUUAAUGGGGAUGUAUACCUGUACAGCACCGUAAGUAACAAAAAUUAUGUCAAAUAUGUUGGUGGGCAUACACCUAUAUGGUCUCUGGACACGGCCUUUCUAGGCUACUUUUUUUGCUCGAGUGAAGAUGACGGCAAUUUGAGGAUCUACUCCACUAAUAGGACAUACCCCUUUAUUACAUACACGUACAACUGCCCUGCCAAUGUUUCCAAGUACCACUACAACAGCACGCUUGUGGCUUGUGGCUACUACGACAAUUAUGUACACCUCUACGAUGUCAGAGUAAACUCCUUUAUCAAGAGAUUCAAAAAUAACUACCCAAGCAACCAGGGAGUUACUUCCUUGAGUUUUUCCAAAAAUGGAAGACUCCUAUCGUAUGCAGGUGGCUACACAAAUAAUAUCAAUUUAAUCGAUUUGGCCAUGGAUAAAUUUAUUGACGUGGAGGACAAAAUGGCUGUUUCAGCGGAGCCUUGUCACAGUGAUGCAGAAUAUACGAAAACCUACAAACCGUUUGAAACGAACUUAGAUACAAAUAUGCCAAACGUAACAAAUGAGGGAACACAAAAUGGCAGGGUUGCACUUGGCACAGAUUUAAACUCCUUUGAGGACAGAAUUCUAAGUAUCGACUUUAGUUAUGACAAUAACUUAUUAGUUUCCAUGUCUUGUAAUAACCUCAUCGAUUUUUACAAUUGCUCCAAAGCAUCACAUGAGAUAAAACAUUCGACGGAGAAAAAGAAAAUCAAAUUGGAAGAGUCCAAAGGAGGAAGGAAUCGCCCAUAUAUCAAACUGUCCAAAUCGUACGGCGUUAAGCACUCAAAUUUAAUGUCUGCAAAAUUUACGCCCGAAAAUGUACUCCUCCUGUUUGGCAUAAAUACCUUAAUAUGA